CAGCAGCGGCACACACGCGCGUGUCCGAGCGUGCGAGGCUGGAGUCAGUUUAACAGCGCAGUAUGAAUCAAGACGUCUUCAUAUCAUCAAUGACACGAGCAGAACAACAUCAUAUGAACUUUCUGAGCUCGGUAUAAGAUGAUAUAACAUGACAGGAGUGUAACUUCAUACAGCGCGAGAUCGAUUCAGGCAGAGAGCGACCGCAGAUAACCAACAUUCACCAAACAGGAUGAUUGUCUUGGUGUUAUACCUGUUCUUCUGGUCGUGGCUGCCAUCCGCUCACGGGUUGGAGUUUCGCUAUCAUAACAGUGUGGAAAUCGAACAAUACCUAAAAAACACCACCAAGACGUAUCCCAGUAUCACAUAUCUGCACAGUAUUGGUCAGUCUGUUGAAGGAAGAGAUCUCUGGGUUUUAAUAAUAGGUCAAAAUGCCAGCCAGCAUCGGACAGGCAUUCCAGAAUUCAAAUAUGUGGGCAACAUGCACGGCAACGAGGUUGUCUCUCGCGUGGUACUGCUGCAGCUAAUCGAUUAUCUGACCAGCCGGUACCUAAGUGACCCUCUGGUGACACGUAUGCUAAACAGCAGCCGGGUGCACAUCCUACCCUCCAUGAACCCAGACGGAUUUGAGUCCUCUGCACAGGACUGCAUAAACACAGUGGGCCGGUAUAAUAAAAAUGGAGUAGACCUAAACCGGGAUUUUCCAGAUGUAUUUCAGGCGAAUGAUGUACCAAGGGAGAAGGAAGUCAAAGCGGUGAUGGACUGGCUAACUACGGAGACCUUCGUCCUCUCAGCCAAUCUGCACGGAGGGGCGGUGGUCGCCAGCUAUCCAUACGACAACAGCAAUCAAGGAGCUGAGCUGCAGGGAAGCCAAAGUGUCUCUCCUGACAAUGACGUCUUCAUUCACCUGGCAAAGACCUAUUCCUAUAACCACACAUCAAUGUAUAAGGGAGAACCCUGUUACGGUACAAAUGGCUUCGUCGAUGGCAUUACCAAUGGAUUUUCCUGGUAUGCUUUACAAGGGGGCAUGCAAGACUAUAACUACGUUUGGGCCCAGUGUUUAGAAAUCACAUUGGAAAUCUCUUGCUGUAAGUUUCCAGCAGUGAGUGAUCUUCCUGGUCUGUGGGAUGCCAACAAACCUGCUUUACUAGCCUAUAUGAAACAAGUUCACCUAGGGGUGAAAGGUGUUGUGAUGGACUCAAAUGGAAACCCCAUCCAGAAUGCCGUAGUCCAAGUGAAUAGCAGAAGCAACCUCAAUCCGUUUAAGACUGACCGCAAUGGAGAGUACUACAGACUGCUGCUACCCGGCAGCUACUCAAUCACUGUGACAUUCCCAGGACACAAGACGGUCACACAGACCGUUUCUGUGCCAUAUGGUCCAGACAGUUUCUCUGCCGUAACCCAGAACUUCGUCCUUGUAAAGAGCGAUAACGUCACCAGCUCAGUUCUAGACAACAGCUCAGCUCCCGCCCUGCUGGCCAGCACAGUCCCUGCACUUACUGCCUUCAUUAUCCAAAGACUGCUGGUUUUCUGAGCUGUAGCAAACAUUUGUCAGUGAUAAGCUCUUUUUUUUUGUUUUUCUUGCACAAUCAAACUUUUUAUCGACUGUUACAUUUUGUAUAAUAUCACGAGGCUGUAUCUGUUAUCAUGCAGGAGGAAAGUGAAUUCAGUAGAUUUGAUUGCAAGCACUACAGUCCUGCAAAUACAUUGGACCUUGGACCACAAAACCAGUCAUGGGUAUAUUUGCAGCAAAAGCAACAAUACAUCAUAUGGGUUAAAAUGAAAGAUUUGUUUGGUCGCUUGAACACCAGAUGACUGGUUCUGUGGUCCACAUAUGUAAAAUAGUGACACCGUUGUGGUGGAAAGCACUACAUUAUUCUGGGCUGUACGCAAAGCAAAAACUUAACAAAAAAGGCCCUUUGCAAGUUAAUAAAUGCAUUACGUCCGUACAAAGGGUAACUCACAACAUAAUCGAAUUUUUCACAAACAGU